AUGGUUCUUAGGAGUCACCCCUUCCCCAGGCAAGAGAGGCCCCAAGGGAGAGCCCCAAGGGCAGCUCUGGGAAGCAGCACUUCCAGGGCCUCUGAGGACAGAAGGGCUGGCUCUCCCCCUGAAGAGGCUGUCCCCAACUGUGAGGACAGGCGCGGCUCAGCCAGACUGUUCACAGGGGCAGACGCAGGGGCCCUGGCUGAGGCCGGAGGUCACUCACAGCAGAGCAGCACUGAGGCCAGUGAGGCUCCCGUCACAGGCCCUCCAUCAGGCCCCAAAGGGGUCAGAACUGAGGAAGAACAUCCAGCCUCACUGCCACCUGCAGCUGCAGUGCCCGGGGCCCUCUCUCGGCCUCCCGAGCAGACCCGGUCUGCAUCCUCCUCCCCAGCCAGGCGGGGCUCACUGCCGGUCCCCCGGCCACGGAAACGCAGCAUGUGUGAAAUAGCCCAGAGCGCUGAGCGGGAGGUCAGCCGGGUGGCCCCAGGGCAGCACCAAGGACAGGCGCCUGGGGAGAGGCCCAGCCCUGCAGGCAGUGGGGCUGCCCUCACAGAGAAGCAGAAGGAGGCCCGAAAACUCAUGGUGUUUCUGCAGAGGCCGGGGGCCUGGGGGGGCGUGGAGGGGCCCCGGAAGCUCAGGUCCCCUGCACGGGAGCUGGCCUCAGCAGUGGCCCUGCCGCCAUGGGGGCUGGACCUGGGCAGCUGUCUGGAUGUACUGGCCUUCGCCCAGCAGCACGGGGAGCCCAGGCUGGCCCAGGAGAUCUAUGCCCUGAUGAGCGACAACCUGCUCCACGUGCUGGGAGACCCGAGCCUCUACCGGCAGCUGAGUGGGGCUGAUCGGGAGCGCAUCCUGAGCCUUCGGACUGGCCGGGGCCAGGCGGUGCUGGGGGUCCUCGUGCUGCCCAGCCUCUACCAGGUGAGCCGCUCGGGGCUCACGAGGGACCCUGGUGGGGCGGGGGCUCCCGGGGUGGGGCCAGGGCCCCUGCCUCCCUGCCCCUCCCUGCAUGUGCUCCACCCCGGGGAGAACACAUGGCAGCCCCUGACCCAGGUGCCUCAGGAGGUCCCGCUUCGGGGCUGUGGCCUCUGCACCCUGCACAACUACCUGUUCCUGGCGGGCGGCAUCCGUGGAUCUGGCGCCAAGGCCGUCUGCUCCAACGAGGUCUUCUGUUACAACCCUCUGACCAACAUCUGGAGCCAGGUGCGGCCUAUGCUGCAGGCCCGCGCCCAGCUCAAACUGGUGGCGCUGGACGGGCUGCUCUAUGCCAUCGGGGGCGAGUGCCUGUACAGCAUGGAGCGCUACGACCCACGCACAGACGCCUGGACCUCCCGCGCGCCCCUCCCUGCAGGCAGCUUCCCUGUGGCUCACGAGGCUGUGGCCUGCCAGGGGGACAUCUAUGUCACUGGGGGCCACCUCUUCUACCGCCUGCUCCGGUACAGCCCCGAGAAGGACGUGUGGGACGAGUGCCCCUACAGUGCCAGCCAUCGGCGGUCCAGCGACAUGGUGGCCCUGGGGGGCUUCCUGUACCGCUUCGACCUACUGCGGGGUGUGGGCGCUGCAGUCAUGCGCUACAACACGGUCACCGGCUCCUGGAGCCGCGCUGCCUCCCUGCCCCUGCCGGACCCUGCCCCGCUCCGCUGCGCCGUGCUGGGCAACACCAUUUACUGCCUCAACCACCGGGUCACGGCCACCUUCACGGUCUCCGAGGGGACUGCCCAGUUCCAGGCCAAGGAACUACAGCCUUUCCCCCUGGGGGCCAAAGGGGUCCUCUGCCCGUUCACCCUGACCCUGCCCGCUGCGGACCCACUGCAGACUGCCCUCUGA